CCCCCGGCGCGCGCCCAGUUGCCCUUCGUGGUUCCCGGCCCUUGGGCCAGACCACUUCCUGCCGGCUAGCCACCCGGCUUCCUUCGGCUUACUCCUGCAUAUCCCGGAGCGCCUCUCUGCGCCUCCUAAAGCUCUCAACUGAGACCCCGGGUGGCCGGUAAGGAGGCGGGGAGACAGAGGGCUGCGGCGCCGACGUCAGCGCGGCGGGGCGCCCGGAGGCUCGGCCCGCGCGCAGGCGCGCUGAGGAUCACAUCGGUCAUGCAGUCAUACAUGUAAUGAGUUGAUGGAUGCCUGGAAGUUGACAUACAUAGAUAUUCAGAAAUGUUCUGCCACCUGAGACCUUGGAGGAGGUUCUGUCUAGAGAAGAUUCUCCCUCAUUGGUUCCACUACUCGAGAGCUUUAUCAGGAGCAGAAGCCGUCAAUGCCUUGAGGCCUUUCUAUUUUGCAGUUCAUCCAGAUUUCUUUGGACAGCACCCCCGAGAAAGGGAAAUCAAUGAAAAUUCUCUUAAGAGAUUAAGUGUCUACUUAGAAAACCUCCAGAAACCAGGCUUCAAGUCUUUGAAACCAACUCCACUUACAUUUUAUGUAAGAGAAACAGACCAGAACCCCUCUGAUGGCCAGGAACCCUUUAGUUCUCCCGGAUUUCGAGCAGUCAAAUUUACUUUGCACACCAGAGAUCUGCUAAGCACAGUAUUGUAUAUUCUCAACUCCUGCAGUUUAUCUGUUGAACAUAUCCAAAGCAUGAACACUAAUGUGCAUUCCCAGCCUCUCAAAGAAGCUAAAAGGAUGUCUGACAGGCCCAUCAAGUGGGACAGGUCUUACUACUCCUUUACUGGAUUCAAGGACCCUGAUGAAGACCUUGAACAAGUCUCAAGAAUAGAAACAACCCUAACAUCCUGGUUAGAUAACAACGGGAAAAGUGCUCUUAAAAAGCUGAAGAAUAGUUUGCCCCUUAGAAAAGAGCUGGAUCGCUUAAAAGAGGAGCUAUCUCAUCUCUUGCAACUCUCAGAUAUUAGGUGGCAGAGGAGCUGGGGCAUCGCCCACCGCUGUAGCCAGCUGCACAGUUUAGGCCGCCUAGCACAACAGAACUUGGAAACUCUUCAGAAAGCAAAAGGAUGUACCAUCAUAUUUACAGACCGCUCCGGCAUGAGUGCAGUGGGCCAUGUUAUGCUGGGAACCAUGGACGUUCAUCACCACUGGACAAAGCUUUUUGAAAGAUUGCCAAGUUAUUUUGACCUACAGAGGAGGCUGGUGCUUUUAGAAGAUCAAAUCAGCAGUCUGCUAGGCGGCAUACAGGUCGUUUAUAUCGAAGAAUUACAGCCAGUAUUGACACUUGAAGAAUAUUACUCUCUUCUCAACGUGUUCUAUAGUAGGCUAUUGAAAAGCAGGGCACCUUUUCACCCUCGGAGUCUCCGUGGCUUACAAAUGAUCCUGAACAGUGACAGAUAUGCUCCAAGUUUGCAUGAACUCGGCCAUUUCAACAUCCCGGUACUCUGUGAUCCAGCAAAUCUCCAAUGGUUUAUUCACACCAAAGUGCAGCAGGCAAGAGAGAACAUGAAAAGAAAGGAGGAGUUAAAGGUUAUUGAAAAUGAAUUGAUACAGGCUUCAACAAAGAAAUUUUCUCUGGAGAAGUUAUAUAAGGAGCCCAGCAUUUCUAGUAUACAAAUGGUGGAUUGUUGUAAGAGACUUCUAGAACAAUCACUGCCUUAUCUACAUGGGAUGCACCUCUGCGUUUCACAUUUUUACUCCGUUAUGCAAGAUGGAGACCUUUGUAUUCCUUGGAAUUGGAAGAAUGGAGAAGCCAUGAAGUAACACAGCAAUCUUUUAUUUUUUAAAGAGAUUAGAAACUGUUAAACUUAUUUAAAUCGUUUGAUAUGACAGUAUCAUUUAUGUAUUACAAGAACAAAGUUCCUAACUGCUGCUUUAAAAGUAUACUUCUAAAAAUUAAUUUCUUCAAGGAAACCUGUCUUAAAAAGGUUUUAUCCCCUAUUCUUAUGAUGUUGAUUGACAAGACUAGGUAAAAUGAUAUUAGAGUGAAAGAAAAUAUUUUUAGUGAUAUAUAUAAUGAAGGAUUCUCUGAGUCAUAUAUUUUUAUAUGAGUGAAUGUUGGUUUGGGGCUGAACAAGUACGUACAUAAGUAUGAACAGGCCCCAUACCCAGUACAUCUCUGGAGUACUGGAGCCAUUACUACAUGUACCACAACACUGCUCCUCAUAGUUCCAUCUCAUGGAUGUAUACACAUGUAUUUUUCAGUAACAGACGGUUGAUACCCAAAACAGAUGAUUGGUAGGUAGCAAAAAUUAGAUAACCAAAUUUUGCGUAAGAUAAAGAAUAGAAGGGAAAGAAAACAAAUAUAUAGUAUUGACAUUAUCCUUAAAAGUGUGAUAUCAGUUUAUUAAAAAUCUUCAGUGGCAGACUUUAGUUUUAAACCCAUAAUUUCUCCUACCCAUUAAAAAGUCGUAAACAUUGAGGCUGGGAUUACAUAGCUCAUCAAGAGAGAAUGUGCUUAGCAUGCAUGAGUCCCUAGGUUCAGUCCCCAGAAAAAAUAAAUACUGUAACUCUUGGUAGCAUGAAACCAAAAAGCAGAUAUUUUUGACUCAUUCAGUGAGGUUCUAACUAGUUUUCAUGGGCAAAUACUAUUCAAGAAAAUCCUUGCUUGCUUCUCAGAGGGUUUUAGGAAGCAGCGUCAAGUAUAAAAUAGUUCAGGCCUUCCAGCCUUUCUCCCUCCCCUCCCAACCCCCACUGUCCAGUUCCUCCCAGUGUUGGAAGUCCUCUCUAGCUCUGGCCAGGUUAAAGCCUCUCUAGGGUACCUCUCAUUCUUAGAAAUAACUUAACCCCAAAUGGGUUAUGAUGUCCGCAGCAAAGAGACCAGUUCUCUAAAUUCUGUACCUCUCCCUGCAGAUCUCCCCUGAGAUUCCUUAACCAGAUCCAGAACCUCUCAGCCCAUUUCUCAAGAGAACAAGGUAAAUCCUGGUUUGGGACACCAUUUUUAUGACUCUUACUGCUCUAGAAAUCAGAAAGGAAUUAUUUUCCAUAGUGCAUUAGAACAUAAAGACUUUUGUUAAAGUGAGUUCUUGAAGUAUGUUUUAAAUUUAUAUAAAACAUCAAAUAUUUAAGCAACUUCAAAUGUGUGUUCAAAAGUAGUAUUGGUUUGUAAUUGUGUAUAUCAUCCCUUUUAACUCGUGCCUAACAACUUAUAUUCAGAUUUUGUUUUCUAAUAAAAUAAGUAGUGUUGCCAGUAAAGAUUUUCCAGAGCCAAAUAAAGGGAGUGAAAAAUUCCUGAAAGUAUUUAUUGGAAAAUUAGGUUUGGAUUGUGCCAUUUUUAAAAAUAACUAAUAUAGAAUCUUCAAUAGUAAUGUUUUGAGUUGGAUUUUGUCUCAGAACUCAUUAUUACAUAAUAAAUAAUACCUACAUCA